AUGCUUAAAUUCAUUGAACACCCAUAUAAUUAUUUUCCCACAAAUCCCACUACUACAACCUCCAUUUUCACUGAAAUAAUACCCACAAACACAAAAUCUAAGAAACCCAGAAGAUCAUCAUCAUCAUCUUUUAACAACAACAGAGUAUUCCAAUGUUCUUACUGUUCACGUAAGUUUUCUUCUUCUCAAGCUUUGGGUGGUCACCAAAAUGCGCAUAAAAGUGAAAGAGCUGCUGCUAAACAACUCAAAAUCAACAAUAAUAACAAUAACAAUGCAAGUUUUAAUGAAGAAAUGGGUAGUGGUACUAGUAGUAGUAGUAGUAUUGAUUGUAAUACGGGUCAGUUUUCUUAUAAUCCGGGUUUUUAUGGAGAUGGGUAUUAUCCAUUUAAUAAAUAUGGUAAUGGGUAUGGUUUGUAUAAUGGGUUUGGGUAUUAUCCAUUUAAUACUCCUCCUGAACAACCUUACUAUAUUGAUGGUGCUGCUAAUACUAGUUGUGACUGUGAAUGUGGUGCUCAGAUUGUGGGACCCAUGAUUGGUAAUCCUUCAUCUCUUCCAAUGAGUGUGGAAAAUCAGCAGAUGAAAAAACAGAGGUUGGAUCUUUCUUUAACUCUGUAA